CCCUCCCACCAAGCCAGCAUCCCAUUGCCAUUGGUUAGGGUCAAAUGCCAGAGACUGCAUUCCGAAUAACUCUGUGCCAUUUGAGAAAGCAGGAGCAAAGAACAAGAUAGAAGAAUGAAGAAUUUGGCAAGCAUUUUUGUGGGAAUUAUAAUAUUUUAUGUUAUUGCAGCUGCUCCUACAAUGAAUUCCAUAGCAUAUGACUCUGAAACAUAUGACAUUGGUUUAGAAGAUCUGGAUAAUCUAUAUGACUAUGAUGAAAAUCUGUCAGUUGAUCAGGCACAGGUAGGGAUUGAAACAAUGUUACCAUCCAUAUCUGGGGAAAUUUAUGUGCCUUCACUACUGCCAGAUGAACCUGAAGAAGAAGCAUCUACUCCCAGACUUAUUGAUGGUUCUUCACCUCAUGAGCCAGGAGUUCUUGGUCCAUAUACCCACGAAGGCCUUCCAACUUGUCUGCUAUGUACUUGUCUGGGUACCUCUGUGUACUGCGAUGACCGUGAACUUGAGGCUCUUCCACCCUUGCCCAAGCAAACCACCCAUUUCUACUCCCGCUACAAUAGAAUCAAAAAGGUCAACAGGGAUGACUUUGCUAACCUAAGCAGCUUAAAGAGGAUUGACUUGACUUCUAAUUUAAUAUCUCAAAUUGAUGAUGAUGCCUUCAGGAGUCUACCUCACCUUCAGGAACUGAUACUACGAGAUAACCAGAUAAGACAGCUACCGGAAUUACCCCCAACACUGACAUUCAUUGAUAUUAGUAACAACAGGCUUGGUCGCAAAGGGAUUAAACAGGAAGCUUUCAAAGAUAUGAUUGACUUACACCAUCUUUAUAUCACUGAUAACAACCUGGACCAUAUCCCACUUCCACUCCCUGAAAGACUCCAGUCUCUUCAUCUCCAGAACAACAACAUACAAGAAAUGCAUGAAGAUACUUUCUGCAAAAUGAAAGAUUAUUCUUACAUCCGUAAAACUCUUGAAGACAUCAGAUUAGAUGGAAACCCCAUUAAUCUGAGCAAAACUCCUUAUGCUUAUAUGUGCCUACCACGUUUGCCUGUUGGAAGCCUUUUUUAAGCUUGGACAGUAAUCACAAAUGUCAUGCCACAUUGCUUCUUUUGAAAAUGAGCAUGUAAUUGCUUUCUGAAAUGUACUAUUUUAAAAGCUCAUGAAGGUGGAAUAUAGUUUCAUUAGUGUAAAAUAUGGAGCAAAUAGCCACAAUCCAUAGUGUGCAAUGCUCCAUAGAAGCUCAUUUUUAGUGAACAACACUAUGCUUCUAUGUGGUAUCCAUCCACAGCAGAUUGCAAAAGAGUGCAAAGUAAUGGAUGAGCAUGGCAAAAGAGGUUAGUAAAGAGAAAUAUUAAAAAGUUGGGUGUUUAUUAUUCUUUUUCACAAUUUUAUCUUCAUUACUGAUAGUAGCAAAUUUAUAAGAAUUUUAUGUAAAUAGCAACCAAUUCAUGAUACUUUGGGUUUUAAUUAGAUUCCCCAUUCCUGAUAUGUGCCAGUAUUUUCUAUAUUUUUGUGUCAUAUAAGAUCAGGUCAUUUUUCUGAACUCUUAAAAAUGAAUAUCUUCCUUUGUAAAAUGUUGAACACUGCUUUGCACCAGAGAGAAAAUGUGGGGAAAUUACAUAUACAUACAUAUAAAAAUGUACGCAUGCUUCUGUAGUAAUGACUGGACCAUGUAAUAGUAAAUAACACUAGUUGCCACUUCAUGUAUCUCUGCCUAAUCAGUUCUUCUAGAGCAACAAUAAAACAAUGUUGUGAAAUGGU